CCUGCUGCCCUCUGGCCCCUCUCCACUCUCCAGCUCUCCUGGCCCUGCCUCCUGCCUCUCUCUCACUCUGCGUGGCCGUCUCUCUCCGACUGCCUCUCUCUCUCGCCUCCCGUGGCCGUCUGUCGACUAUCUCUCUCGCUUUCCCGUUGCAAGCGGCAAGCCGUCGUGUCUCUCUCUCGUCUCCUGUCGUGUCCGGUGGCUUAACUUCACCGUCGUCUCCCUCGAUUUCUCGUUGCAAACGGCAAGCCGCCGUACCUCUCUCUCGUCUACCGUCUUUUCAGAAUGGUUAUUCCUCCACCUGUUAGGCCUCCAAGAAUUAUCAAGUAUCUUAAGCCUUAUGUCCUGAAGAUGCACUUCACAAACAAGUUUGUAAGUGCCCAGGUGAUACACACACCAACCGCCACUGUUGCCUCUUCUGCAAGCUCACAGGAGAAGGCCUUGAGGCCAAGCAUGGAAUCUAGUCGGGAUGUGGCUGCUGCUGCAAAGAUUGGAAAAAUAUUGGGGGAGCGCCUGCUUCUCAAAGAUAUCCCAGCUGUUUCCAUUGACUUGAAGAGAGAACAGAAAUAUCAUGAACAAGCAAGCACAAGGAAUUGUCAGAGAAUUUGUAUCUACAUGCUCGCCGUAUAAAGUGAUGAAAGGAUCUGAAUGAUUUACAAGCGUAGGUUUGUAAAGUUGCUAAUAUGACCUGCUUUUUAGCCAGCCAGGGAUUAGAAUACUGUCCUAGGGAUAUCCUUGUGCCACAUUAUAUAAAUUUUCUCAUCCUUUAUGGUGGCUGUGUCAUGGUGGUGACAAUGGCCGAGGUAUUGGUUGUGAUUGAUGCUAGCACUUGUAUUAUGGCUAGUAGUGGAUCAUGGACCAUGGCUGUGGUGUUAUGACUGCCUUUAUUUAAUGGACGAUAUCAGGAGGUGUUGCUUAGGGGUGGUAAUUUGUGUUUAUAUGGCAGGUUCAUAUAGUGUAAAGACAUGGGUAUGCAAU